GAGUUUUCCAUCGGUGUAGAAACAAUAGUCAGCGCUCCGAUUAAGCUGAGCCACCCCGCAAGAAAAGAAGAAGAAAUGGCGUUCUUGUUCAAAACCAUCAUCUGCGCUACCCUGCUGUCGUUGGCCGUGGCCGAGUACGGCGUUGAAGAGGAACACCACGAGCAUCACCAGCCGGGAUUCUCGUACGCCAAGUUCAGCGGCCCGGUUAGCGGCCCCGCCCACGAAGUACACAUCGCCGACAAGCACGGACAUGGGCACAUCAUCGAUUACGUGGCCAAACCGGACUACCAAUUCGAGUACGGAGUUGAGGACCCCAAGAGCAAGGUCUCGCAGAACCGCAAGGAGCACCGCCACGAGGAUGAAUUGCACGGCGAAUACACGGUUCAGCAGCCGGACGGUAAGCUGCGAGUCGUCAAGUAUACCGCCAACAAGCACUCGGGAUUUCACGCUGAAGUGUUGAUCGAUGGAAAACCACUGCACGAGGAAGAGCUGGCCAAAUUGGCCCAUGAAGCUCAGGAACAGGUCGCAAGGGCACAUGAGCAGCAACACGAGGAACCAGCUUCGUACGGUGGCCACGAAGAGCAGACCUACGGAGGUGGUGAAGUGUCCUAUGGUGGUGAAGAGGGUGGCGAAGAGUACUACCAUUGAAUUCCACCGUUGCAAUUCUAGUUUUUAGAACGUUUCAUUAGAUUUCCUCGCCGAAAAAUACUCUAUUUAUUUUUAAGAAUCGUCACUUUUUAAAAAAACGUCUAGUCGACACUUUUAACCAAAACCGACAAGCAAAGCACCAGAUGGUUUUAGAAUACUACUUCGCUGCGAAUAGCUAUGCUUUAGUUCUUUAUCGGGACACAAGUUUCCCAAUACUUAGCUAACUGGAUACAAUCCGCUCAAUAUGCCCAGAAUGUGAUAAAUGUGAAAGAUUUUUUAUUUCUUCAGAUCAGUAAUUAGAACCCAAAUGCGCGGUGUACUCACACAGCCACCCUCCAAUGACCACGAAAGUCGAUAAUGUUCGUUUUUAACUGAGACAUAAAAUUUAAACUGUAAACCCGAGAAGAAUCUCGGAUUCGAAAUCGAAUAACGUACAUUCAUUGUUGAUUAGUUUGUUACGAGCUUGACUGUAGGAUUGUAGGAUUAAGACUUUUAAAAAACGAAAAGAGAGCCCGAAGUGCUCCCCAAAAAUAAACAAUGCGAUUAAUGAAUU